AUGUUCGGAUUCAAACGCUCCGUGAUACGGACAGUGCUGCUCCUGUCGGUGGCCGUUCAAUUUUGCACCUUCGGCAGCGUGGUCUUAUGGUACAUGUUCGCUGGAUCCCUCUCCGUGGCCGUGGCGCUUGCCGUGCUCACAUAUGACCACGACUAUUGGGUCAGAAGGGGUGUGUUUUCGCCCCCGGCGUGGCCCCUGGUCGGCCAUAUUAAGUCCGUGGUGGCUUUCAAGGAGCAAGGCGGAAUGUGCUUCAAGAGGAUCUACGACACAUACAGAAACGAGAGGUUUUUAGGUUGCCAUCAGUUCUAUCAGCGUACGCUGGUUGUGAGGGACCCCGAGCUCAUAAAGAGGAUCUGCGUGAACGACUUCCAGCACUUCACGGAUCGGGGGUUUUUCUUCAACAAGGAGGUCGACCCCCUCGCUGGGUCCGUCCUCUUCCUCAGAGGCAACGAGUGGAAGCGGCUGAGGGCCAAGAUUUCGCCAAUAUUCUCG